CUUCACCACAACGACGAAAUGUCACUGGAGGACUUUGAUGAUUUUAGUCCUGAGCGCCAAUUGCUUCACUCUGAAAGACCGGAAGAUGAUUUCUGUGCGAUCCUAAGCAGUACGAAGCGAAAGGUCGGCCCGGAAGUGAUGAGUGAACAACAACGCGAUCGUUUGAAACCGAGUUGCUCAACUGAGCAGACAGAAGAAGAUGCAGUAGACGGCCUACUGGCGGAUCUCCAACGUUCACACACUCCAACCCGAGUACCUUCUUCACAAGCAUCGAGCGACGAAAGCUCACUUGAACCACUGUCGGAAGCCUUUGAAGUACCUACGCCAUUAUCCCCCCCUCUGCCCCGUAGGGAGCUUCCAAGCCAGCGAGAUUCAAGGAGACACAGUCAUACGUUUUCCAAGCCAGUUUUAGAGAGUGAAUUGUUCCAGCGUUUGAGGCCAAAUUCUCAGAUGGUCACCCCACAUCAUUCGGAUCGCUCCCAUAAACGGGCCAAGUCAGAAACACCUUCCACUGUCAAUAGUCCCACAGAAGAGCGCAAACAUUGGACCACUGAAGAUGAUGGGUUUCCCGGACACUUCUCUCACUUUCAUCUCGAGGGUCCCUGUCGACCUCACCUGCCAGUUUCAGUCCCUCCUUCUCCAAUGCGGGCACCAAUCAACCUCAGUUCCCCACUGAUUGCCGAUGUUAAUGUGGCCAAAAGCAGGGUAUUGGUAACAAAGACGCAUUGUUUUUAUCCCGAGAAAUCGAGUUUGAUACCAUUUUCAAGCUGUUUAUUAGGUUUCCAGCUGGUUUUCCAUUCGUCAGACCCGAAAGCAAGGAUCAAGCAUUCCCAAAUCAAGUUAACAAUCCUUUCAUCAGAGGGAAGUCCCUCCGGCGACACUCCUGUCAUCAAAGCGAUUUAUCCAUCUCAAGGAACGAUUCACAAAACUGGGGAUAAGACGUUGGUUCGUCGGACGGAUGAAAACUCGAUAGGGGUCAAAUUAGGCGUAGACCCGUACGGGGCUAUGAUCCUCAGCCAUACCCAAUCUCGCACACAAGAGCGCUAUACCGCCCCAUAUCUGCUAGGUUCCGGGAUUGAAACCAACAAGCUUUUGAUCACCAUGAAUGAAGAUAGUUCCCUCCAUGCAGGAGUACCACCCUCCCUAGCUUUUGCUAUCUUGCUGUAUCUGCCGAGCGAUUCUACCAAGGCAUUCCAAGCCGAUUUGACGAUCGAAACUAGCGUGAGGAAUGAGAUCGGAGCCUCGAUUCGCAAGAUGUGGGCCAGUCCCAAAGUGUGGAGAUUGAACUAUGACGGCAAAACCGAGUUGGGCUGUUUGAAGAUGCACUUAUAACUUUUAAUCCAAAGACUCACAACAAAAAUCCAACACGGUACAAAAUUGUUGUUUCUUUUUUACAAUUCCGUCGGUGUUUCUCAUCACUACAACCAAAAAACCUGAUCAGCACAUUUGACCUCAAACAAUUGAAAAAUAUUAAAAAAUAUUCAGUAGGGGUUUUUUUUUGUUGUGC